CGCCGGCAUAGCCUUUCUCAAGUUUCUUUCUAAUAAAGCUCAUUGACUGUAAACGAUUUGUUAUUGUUAUUUAGUUUAUGAAACGGAAAACUUGUGAAAAAUGGUCAUAGCGAUUGGAUUUGAAGGUAGUGCGAAUAAACUGGGUGUAGGAAUAAUUCGCGAUCAACAUAUAUUAUCGAACGUACGACGUACUUAUGUUACUCCACCAGGAGAAGGUUUUUUACCUCGAGAAACAGCUCAACAUCAUAGAAAGUAUGUAUUAGAAGUUUUGCAAGAAGCCUUAGAUGAUGCAAAGAUUAGUCUGAAGGAUGUGGAUGUAAUUUGUUAUACAAAAGGACCAGGAAUGGGAGCACCAUUGACAGUUACUGCUUUAGUAGCUAGGACUGUCGCUCAAUUAUACAAUAAACCUAUAGUUGCAGUCAAUCAUUGCAUUGGUCAUAUUGAGAUGGGACGUUUAAUUGCUGGUACUGACAAUCCUACCGUUUUGUAUGUUUCUGGUGGAAAUACUCAAAUCAUUGCAUAUUCUCAACAAAGAUAUCGUAUUUUUGGUGAGACAAUUGAUAUAGCAGUUGGAAAUUGUUUGGACAGAUUUGCAAGACUAUUAAAGCUCUCAAAUAAUCCUUCUCCUGGAUAUAAUAUAGAGCAGUUAGCAAAAAAAGGUGAGAAACUGGUACUGCUACCAUAUGUUGUGAAAGGAAUGGAUGUAUCAUUCUCUGGUAUUUUAAGUUACAUGGAGGAACAUCUUUCCAAAUGGCUUGAUACAAAGGCAUUCACUCCUGAAGAUUUAUGUUUCUCUUUGCAAGAGACUGUAUUUGCUAUGCUCAUCGAAGUUACAGAACGUGCAAUGGCGCAUGUAGGAUCAAAUGAGGUAUUGAUCGUGGGUGGAGUGGGGUGUAAUGAAAGAUUGCAGGAAAUGAUGAAUAUCAUGUGUAAGGAAAGGAAUGCGACUCUUUAUGCAACGGAUGAGCGGUUCUGCAUAGACAACGGUGUUAUGAUCGCGGUUGCUGGAUUGCUUCAAUACAAAAGCAAGGGUGGUACUCCUUGGACGCAAACUACUUGCGUUCAAAGAUACCGAACAGAUGAUGUAUAUGUUUCCUGGAGAAAAUAA